AUGAGCUCGACCAUUUACCAGGCGACGUGCUCGGCACCCGUCAACAUCGCCGUCAUCAAGUACUGGGGUAAGCGCGACACCUCGCUCAUUCUGCCCACCAACGACAGUCUCUCGGUGACGCUCGACCAGGACCACCUGCGCUCCGUCACCACCGCGCGCGCCGAUGCCAGCUUCGGCGGCCAGGACCGCCUCUGGCUCAACGGUGAGGAGGAGGUCAUCAAGGCCGACGGCCGUCUGCGCCGAUGCAUCGACGAGAUGAAGAAGCUGCGUCAGGCCAAGGAGGCCAACGAUGCGAGCCUGCCCAAGCUCUCCGAAUGGGCGGUGCGCGUGUGCUCCGAGAACAACUUCCCCACGGCGGCAGGCCUUGCUUCGUCGGCGUCCGGAUUUGCGGCGCUCAUCGCCUCGCUCGCGGCGCUGUACGAGCUGCAGCCCGAGGUGUCCACGUCGGAGCUCUCGCGCAUCGCUCGUCAGGGCAGUGGCUCGGCUUGCCGUUCGCUCUUCGGCGGCUACGUCGCAUGGCAGGGCGGUGAGCAGGCCUCGGGUCAGGACAGUCUGGCUGUCGAAGUCGCACCGCAGUCGCACUGGCCCGACCUGCAGGCGCUCAUCUGCGUCGUCAGCGACGCCAAGAAGGGCACGCCCUCGACGGCGGGUAUGCAGCGCACCGUGCAGACCUCGCCUCUGCUCCAGCACCGCAUCAAGGACGUCGUGCCGCAGCGCAUGAAGGAUAUCUCGGCCGCCAUCCAGAACAAGGACUUUGACACGUUUGCCAACAUCACCAUGGCCGACUCGAACAACUUCCACGCAUGCUGCCUCGACACCGCCCCGCCUAUCUUUUACAUGAACGACGUCAGCCGCGCCAUCGUGCAGCUCACCGAGGAGCUCAACCGCGCCAGCGAGGCCGAGGACAAGGGCAAGCUCGCGGCAUACACCUACGACGCCGGCCCGAACGCCGUGCUGUACGCGCCCAAGGCCAACAUGCCUACCAUCCUCCAGACCAUCCGACACUACUUCCCCAACGCCGACUUUGACGACACCUUCGAUCUGCUUGGUAAGGGUGCUAAUGCGUCGCACCGCGGUGCACAGGAUGCAGUGGCGCUGCCGCAAUCGCUGCCUGCGGCGUUCAACAGCAACGUGAUCCCCGUGCACGAGGCGGGUGCCGUGCGCCGUCUGAUUCACACCCAGGUGGGCGACGGACCGCGCGUGCUCGAGCGCGGCCUCGGCGCCGAGUCGCUGCUCACCGAACAGGGCGAGCCCCUCCGUCUGCAGCGUGCCAAGCGCGCAUGA